AUGACCUACCGUUUCCAUAUCACAAGCGGGGAGUUGGAGCUCCUGAAGCUCAACUUGGCCAUCCAGCUACCAAGCAGCCGUAUCAACCACCACACACUCGCCUACAUUGCAGCCCUGCCCGGCAGCAUGCAGCGGAUUUUGCUCGUGUUACAUGACCUUCUUCCUCCUCCACCUCUCGAGGCGUGGCUGGGUAACCCUGUAGCGACCGACAGCACAUCGGUUUCUCUCGCGCCCGAUCUACUACCUAAGAUUCCUACGUCCUCGUUCGGGAACGGUCCCAAGUUGUCCUCUCAAAUGUAUUCGUUCGAUUAUCCUGCACCUCUCUCCAACUCCUCUCCAGCCGCUUCGACAGCUGCCGAAGCCAUUCCAGCCGUGAUAAACAAGCUGUACGAACAAGAAACGACGCCGUACGGACGGAGCAAGGCGUUCAGCAAGAUUCUUCCCCCGCACUCCUCUCCCACUCCUCUGGCCUCUUCAUCAACUGCUGCCAACAACCGCGGGCUGAGCCUCCCUCAUCUUUCUACACCAAGAAGUCCAGCUCCAUCCUCCGGCCCCUCUCCCUCUACUGCUGCCUCGAAGCGCAAGUUUUGUGAUCUGUUUGAUGACGACACGCCUAUCAAGAGUCUCAAACGUCCAGCCAUCUCGGUUCCACCAACUCGCUUCUCCCUAGCACUCCCGCCCAUUACCUCAGCGGCACGGCGCCACGAUACCUCACAGGUCGGAUCAUCUAGCGCCAAGCGCAAGCGUCACAGGCUCGACGACGGAAUGCCUUCGAAGAGUCCCAAGCGCCCUGCCGUCUCGGCGAGUCCUCUCGCCUUCCACCUUGCUCUCCCGCCCACCGGCCCGGUCAGAAACCACCAGGGCGCAUCAUCUUUCCACACCCGAUACAAGGCGAGGGGUUCUGAAGAGCCUGCCGCGAAGGAAAACGGGAUUGCCCACAAAGGGAAGGGCAAGACGGCGGAAUACCGUCUCAAAUCAGAGGAGAGGAAGCAGACAGCCAACGAGUUGUCGCAGGCAGCCUCUGGUUCCCAGAUGGAGGGUCAUCACUCUAUCCCAGCCGACGGCGAAGGCCCGGUGCUGGAGUGUACGUCCAUUGGCCCUCAAGAUAAGGAGCCAACCGACGUUAUCGACCUCACUCUCCUUGAGGACACCGACGACGACGAGGGUGACGACCUGGAGGAGGGUCCCAUCGGCGACCAUAUCGCGAGGGAUCCCCCCGGUCCAGCACCUGCUGUGCACCAGCCCAAUGAGGAGGAGGACGAAGAGAGGGGCGACGACGAAGAGAGUGAAGAUGAGCUGGAGGAAGUGCCGAUCUAUUAG